AUGGUUAAUUAUUAAUAGUAAAGAUAGAUAAAAUAUUAGAUUUAUCUGAUUUAAUAGAUACCACAUAGUCUUUUAUUUUUUUUAUAUAUUUUAUCAAACAAAAUUUUUAUUUUUAACAAGUAAUUCCUGCCUGUCUGGUUGGAUAGAGAAAAAAAAGUUAAUCAAAUUUUCAAUUUUACUUUUUCAAUAAAUCCAUUUCUUCCUUCCUUAUAUGUAAUUAUUUAUCUUCUAUCUCUAAAUUCCUCAAUCUAAAAAAAAAUCAUCUAAAUAUACCAAUAUAAUAAAAAUUAUGAUAUAAUAAUUUUUAAGAAAUUUAAAUCUUCUUAAAAUAAAUAAUAUAAAUUUAGAGUUUUAUAUAAAUAUCAUCAAAAAGCCAAACGAGCUCUGAUUCAUAACAUAGAUUAAUAAAAAUACAUUAGAUUUUUUUAAAACUAAAAUUAUAAUAUUUCUUUCUCUAUUUAUUUAUAAAAAUUUAAAAUGAAAACUUUGAAUGUUGAUUUGAAAAUUUAAUAGAAUCAGAAUAAAUAAAUUGCGAACAUAUGA